AUGAUCGUAACACCUCGCAAAAGUCAACGAUACAGCACCCUGUCUACCUCGAUCGACCCCUCACUGGACACAUUUAAGGACCGACCCCGGUCUAAUCGUGAGAGUCCGCGCAAGAAGAAGCUCCUUGCCGCAGAUAGAUUCAUUCCCAACCGGUUGAUUUCUCGUUUGGAUGGUGAUAUUGGCGCCCCUGCAAACAGGAGCAAUUCUGUUCCCAGCGUCACGCCUUCUUCGCCAGGGCUUUCAACCCAGUCCGCAUCGCGCUCAAACUCGGUGGCUUCGGAAACAUUUUACAAAGGCGACGGGCAGCCUGACCUAGCUAGAGCUUGUGGCAUUCGAAGCUCUCGGAUUCUCGAAUUCCAGGUACCUGCUCCUGCAGCUCGAAACUGUGAUCUUCGGAGCCAGUACUCAGGUUUUGCGCCUACACCAUGUCUGCCUGCUCAGCUCCGCAGAAAAGUAGCUACCGUGCCCGAUCGCAUUCUAGAUGCUCCCGGAGUGAUUGACGACUACUAUUUGAACCUCAUUGACUGGGGAUGUUCUAACCAGCUCGCAAUUGCUUUGGAGAAUACUGUUUAUAUUUGGAAUGCCGAAACUGGAGAGGCUGCUGCAUUGUUUGAGGCCCCAACAGGAAAUUACAUCUCCUCUGUUAAAUGGUCACAAGAUGGGCACCUCGCAAUCUCACUAAGUACUGGAUCUGUGCAAAUCUGGGACGUUGAGCAAAAAAAGAGGCUGCGGUCAAUGGGCGGUCGGGCGACUCGUAUUGGCGUCAUGUCAUGGGAAAAACACAUUUUGUCUGCUGGCGGGCGCGAUGGUUCCAUCUGGCAUCACGAUGUCAGAAUUAAAGAGCAUAAAGUCGCCGAGCUCAACGGUCAUGCCGCUGAAGUAUGCGGAUUAGCAUGGCGUAGCGACGGAUUACAGUUAGCCAGUGGAGGCAACGAUAACAUUGUGCAAAUCUGGGAUUGUCGGUCAUCCACCCCUCAGUUCACAAAAAGUCAUCAUACCGCAGCUGUAAAAGCCCUAGCAUGGUGUCCGUGGCAGUCUAGUUUGUUGGCAUCUGGUGGUGGUAGUCAAGACGCGCAUAUCCAUUUCUGGAAUACCAGCACCGGGUCCCGAAUGAACUCAGUUGAUACUGGUUCUCAAGUUACUGCAUUACAUUGGAAUUCAGAAUAUCGCGAAAUCGUCUCUUGUCAUGGAUUCCCCAGUAACCAUAUCUCACUAUGGUCCUAUCCCUCUCUCACCAAGACUCUGGAUAUUGAAGCACAUGACACAAGAGUACUUUACUCUGCGUUAUCUCCCGAUGGCCAAAUAUUGGCAACUUGUGCUGCCGACGAAAAUUUGAAGUUCUGGAAACUGUUUGAAACACAAACUCGCCGGUCUGCUGUUCCCCAGAAUCACAACAAGGGCAUGGUGAUUCGUUAG